AUGCGAGUGUUUGUUCUAUUCCUCAUAGCGUUGUUUUGUGCAGUGGUGAGGAGUUAUAACAUUCUUGACGGAAAACGUAAAACCCUCGACUCCAACAACACUGUCACCAUUUCCCUGCCCAAUGAAUUGCUUAUCGAUUGUGCAAAUCGAUUCAUUAUUCACUCUCUGAAACCCAUUAAGAAGGUGACAGUUAACAUGACUUCUCACAAUCUCUUGUCAAACGAUAUUGGAUUGAGGGAGUUUCAACCAUUUGAGGUCAAUGGAACUGGAGGUGAGAACGGAUAUGUCUACGAUUUGAAGUAUUACGUACCUAUUGAACUCAAAUCUGGCAGUUAUUUUGGACUCAAUAUUACCUUCUAUCAUUGUCCUCUUGAGUCUUGUCAGAGUCCUGAAGACUUUGACGUAAAUAGUGUUCAACGAUUCGUCCGAAUGGUGAGCCAUUAUGUUCACAUACUUGGGGAAACAGAUAAACCACUUUAUCGUCCUGGAGAGACUGUUAAAAUGCGUUUCCUUGCUCUUACAAGACAAACUAUCUUGCCUUCAUCGGAAUCUCCUACAUGGCCAAGUUAUCAAGCACUAGGUAAAGAUGGGCGUGAGAAGACCGUAGUGGAAUUGGAACCUGAAGUACAGAAGAGACGUAAAGAAGUUCCAUACUUUGACUCAAUCGAGAUAAAAGAUCCACUUGACAACACAGUGCAACAAUGGAAGAAUGUGACAACCUUUGAAGCUCUCAACCUCUCAUACAAUCUCAUUAGUGAUGCUGCUGAGGGAAGGUGGACGAUUGUUGCUCGUGUUCAAGAGGAAAGAGAGGAGGUAGUGUUUCAAGUGAGACACUAUGUUCUUCCUCGUUUCCAGGCCCACGUCACAGUACCAAGAGAAAUAGAGCCACAGGACGUGAAUGUCACUUUCAGUGUUUGUGCAUCUUACACAAACGGACCAACCAUGGCAGGCGUAUAUGACGCUCAACUCUGCAUCUGCAGUCAGCGAGAACUUAGUCGUCAACAGGAAACUAAGAAGAUGAUGUCGAAAAAUGAAUGCAAGAAUAACUAUGGAUCGGUCACUCGACAAUGUAUGCGUUUCAAUGGUGUACUUCAUCACACCACCUGCACUAACAUCACAGCAGACAUAGCCAAGUUGGUUGGAGGAAGAGAGCCAGGUUGGGACGAUAAAUUGGGCGUUUUUGUGGAGGUGACUGAAGAGGCGACGGGUCUGUCGAUCGUGGUGUCCAACACAGUUGGAUUUAAAGAUCGACCCGCGACCCAGUUAGAACUGAGCAUGCCUUCGUCAAUUAAACACGAUAUCCCAGUAGUGGGGCACGUGAUUUACAGAAGUAAUGGCGAUUUAACAAAGGAAUUGGAACUUAUUGUUCGAGAAGAUAUCAAUGCUUGUGAUAGAUGGGAGUCUUCGGGCUCCACACCUCCAGUACGCCUCAAACGAAUUAUUGCAGUAGAAAAUGGCCGAGAUGAAUAUAAAUUUGUUCUCCCUCCAAUUGAUUUUAAAAAACCGGCUUUAAUAGUCGUACGAAAGAUUGGAAUAAGAAAUGAUUCAAAUGGGAAUGUGUCCUCGUUAGUCAGUGGCAAUGACACCAAUUCGGAUUUGCAAUUGCAGGCGAACAAACGCCUAAACCUGUGGGAUGGAAGAAAAGGAUUGGCGAUUCAGGUUCAUGUGGUGAAUAAGAAGAAUGUCACUUGUCCAGGUGAGGUAGAAUUACAGGUGAUCUCGAAUGAACGCCUUCCUGAGAAAACCACUCUGAUGCUACAUUUCCUGAAACGUGGACAACAUAUUUCCAGAACACUCGAGUUACAAUCUGACUAUACAUGCAAACCAAGGGACGAUGAAUUUGGACAUUACGAAUGCAAGAAUGAUGGUGAUAUAAUUUGCAAGGAAGGAUGGACUGGUCCCAAUUGCCUUAUUCCUGUUUGUAUCGAGGACUGUGGCAAAGGGGGGAUUUGUGUGGCUCCAAAUAGGUGUGCGUGCAAACCAGGUUGGAGUGGCGAGUCAUGUGAGGCUUGUAUUCCCAGAAAGGGCUGCAAGAAUGGUGAUUGCAUUGAGGGUGAAGAUUGUGUCUGCCGUAAAGGAUUUGUUGGCAACCUAUGCGAUAGAGCCGAUGUUAUCGUGGAGGGGAUUAGUACACCAGGAUGGAAUGAAAUGACUGUAGGCAAGUCAGAGGAAAAUGAGGAAGUAACAAGUAGCAGUAUUGUCAAUACUCCACGAAGAACAGUGUUCAAACAUGUGACUCAUCUCCAACUGGACAGCGAUUUCGGACCAGAGUUGCGUGCUGUAGCAUAUGUUUUGGUUGAAGGAAAGAUGGCAACCGAUUACCUUCAGAUCGAGAAUAUCCAGUCCUGCUCCUCACCAGCAAUAGCUAAGACUUCUCAAAACGAAGGAGGAAGAGGAGGAGAAGGAGAAGGAGGAGGUUUCCAAUUGAGCAGAAGAGUGGCAGCUCCAGGAGAAAUGGUGAAUAUGACUCUGAAUCUGACCCGUGCAUACUCUACUGGUGAUAAGAUGACAGGUACUUGUUUGUUAAGCACAAUCGAUGUUGCCACAAAGAAUUUCAACACAGUGGGAAGGCGAAACAUUGAUUUUGAAGCUAUAAUUGGUGUUCUUAAAGACAACCGAGGAAACAAUGAUCCGAACUGGAUUUCGAGCUCAGAGGACGCAUAUCGUGCAGCUGGAAUUGAUCUCAUCCCUGUUACAUCAAACAAGGAUUUGGCCGAACCCCUCGGUGCUUGUCCCACCAUUACCAAUAGAUUUGGUGGUGCUGACGAUACUGAACGAAGAGUCAAACCAAAAUCUAAUGAAUCAGGAUCUAAAGAUGCUGCUCCCACACCCCGUCUUCGUGAUUUCUUCCCAGAAAUUUGGCUCUUUGAGCCUGCUGUACUGACAAAUGGAAGUUUCGAGAAGUCGCUCACAGUGCCUGAUAGCUUGACUUCGUGGGAAGCAAAUGCGGUGUGUCUCUUGGGUGAUCGCGGUCUUUGGGCUCCAGUUUCCAAGCCUACACUGACUGUCCGAAUGCCUUUCUUCGUGGAAUUCGCACCACCAUUGGUAGCUCGAAGAGGCGAAACACUCCACCUACCCAUUACCAUCUUCCUUCACCCCAAUGAAAACGCUAGCAAUCGCAUUUGCUACGAAGUUGAAGUGAGCAUGCAAUCCGAUCCAGAGGACUGGAGAAUUGUCGGUGCAACCACAUUUUCUGCCUGUACCUGUUCGUCCCAAUCUGGCCAACUAAGUAAGGAGACUUUCCGCCUUCCCAUGAGACCACUUCGUAUUGGCCAACUCAAUCUCACUGCAACGGCGAUAGCUAGAAGUGGCACUGGCAUUUGUGAUGCUGAGGGAGUCCAUUCUUCCAAGGAGGUGUUCACCGUUUCUGACGCUGUUCGACGUUCAAUUCGUGUUGAAGCCGAAGGAGUUGAGAAACGCGUAACUGUUGGUGGCAUCUUCUGCUCACCCCAUAAUUCCUCAAAAGGCGAGCAUGAAUUGAAAGUUGAUUUGGAGGACAAAGAAAUAGUGGAGGGUUCUCUUCGAAGUUACGUGGCUGUGGGUGGGAGUGCAAUCAGUAGGGCCCUUUCCAAUCUCGACUCUCUGGUUCAAAUGCCCACUGGAUGUGGAGAACAAAAUCUCGCAAAGGUUGCACCAAGUGUCUACGUGCUCAAGUAUCUUCUCAGUCAUCAGAAUGCAUCCCAACUUCGUCAGAAUUCCUUGGCCAGAAAAGCAGCCGGUUAUGUUGUCAGUGGUUUCGAUAAUGAACUGAAAUAUCAACAUCCCAAUAAUGGUGCCUUCUCUACAUUUGGACCAGAAUAUGGUGCAAAUGGAAGCACUUGGUUAACAGCAUACGUGUUUGAGGUAUUCAGUGAGGCCGACGACCUGCCCUUGUCAAUCAUCUCGCAACAAAAUCUCAGCGCUCACCCUGUUUUAAGUAAGGCUUUCGACUUCCUUUUCAGUCAGCAACAAGAUGAUGGUUGUUUUAUCGAAUCGGGCAGUAGAUUCAUGACUUUCAUGGGAAACACAGAUUCAGAUGAAAGCAGGCUACUACUUACUUCUCACGUGCUUGCUGCUUUCAGUUCUGCUGGAAGGGCAGUGAAGAAAGCUAAAGGCACUGAAUAUAGUAGGAGUGUACAAUCUGCAAUCGAAUGCAUCAAAUCAAUAGGAGAAUCGUUUCCCAUUGAAAAAUGGUCAACUUCACUGAUUGCCAAAGUUCUCUACGCCACAAAGCAGUUCCCGUCGGUGACUGGGGAAUCAAUGUUGAUGGCAAUGAUGCAUGCCCUAGAGAAACGCUCGACGACAGAAUCAACAGUAAGUGGAUCUAUGAAAUGGUGGCAAGAAUCGGAGAAGCAAAGGGAGAAGAAAAUCAGUAGCUUCUAUUACGAUAGAUUGAGAGAUCUAGAAACUACGGCUUACGCUCUGUUGGCAUUGAGUCCUGAAAACAUUUCUCAUGACGAUCAAAUUGCAGUGGGAAAGUGGAUAUCAAAACAGCAAAAUGAGAAGGGUGGCUUCUAUUCUACUCACGACACUGUGAUGGCUGUUCGAGCUUUGAUUGAAACUGCUCGUCUUUUCCCAACACCUACUGAGUCUACAGGGGUGAAAAUUAGAAGUGAGGAAAUGUCGGAGGUCGACUUCAGCUUAGAAAUCGGUCCUGAAAAUGAAUUCAUCUCAAAUACAUUUGAAAUAGGAAGACAUAAUAAGAGCAGUAUCAGUAGACUCAGUCUCAGCAUUCAAUCGUCCAAGCGGGUGUGUGUCUCUGCUCACUUCACCUCAAUCUACAAUGUUGUAGAAUCGAAGAAGGUGGAUGAUAUCUUUUCUGUGGAUGUAUCUGUUGACCAAAGUGGCAGCAAUGCUACUGCACUGUGCACGACAGCCCACUCCUCUAUUUGUAUUCGUCAACCAAAUCCCAAAGCAACAGGAAUGCUUUUAGUAACUAUUCAACCGCCCAGUGGAUGGAAUGGGGCAGUGAAUGAAUUGAAGAAGAUUUCUCUUAAAGGAGACCUUCAGAAUAUCAAUUAUACGGCUAAAGAUCACGUAAUCACUGCUUAUCUUAAAGAAUUUGAAGGUGGAAUGGCAAGUGGUGAAAGGUGCUUCAAUGUGACUCUUUACCAACGAAUGUACAUUCAGAACUCAAAACAAGGUUCGAUUACUGCUCGUGACUACUACAAUCCAAAGGAGGUGUUGCAACAAUCAUUCCAACUUGACCCAUGUCAAAACUACUGGGAAGCGUCUAUGGGAGGACCAACCAAUGAUCCUAUUGAGAAAUCAUUGACAACCACAUCUCCUUUCUUCAAUACUGAAGCACCAGACGAGAAGCCAAUUUGUCCAACCUGUGGAGAUCUCGAGACCUCAGUCAUGAGCCAAUAUCUCAACAAUUCCUUGUGUCUUCAUCAUCGACAAUUCUUUGUAUUCAAGAAGUACAACAAGUCUGAAGAAGGUUCUUUUGAAGGACUAAUGUAUACAUUCGGUUACGGCAAUCAUUUGGCCUCAUGGAAUACCACUUUAAAAUGGACCAGCACAUGUAAAUGCAAAGUGCUGGAGAUGGAAAACAUCAUCGGUAUUUUUGGAGAUGGUGUUUAUCCUGGUGUAUUAAGUGUUCACGUGGGUGGACAUGAAUUGGUCAACUUCGACACUACAGUGAAGGGCUUAGAGGAAUUCAAGAAAGCUCUAAAAAUUGAAAUUGAUGCCCUUGAGGAAAGUAGAAGGAAGGACUGGUGCUACGGACACAACGCCUUGUUUGCUCUACAGAGGAAACUGGCUCCAUCGAAUAGCACCUUUUAA